AUGUCUUAUUCACCAGAAAGAAGAUCAGAGGAGUGGCCGGAAGAUUCUAAAAAUGGGCCAUCCAAAGAUCAAGGAAGUUACGAUGGAAAUCCUACGGACCCUGAAGGGGCGUUGGAUACCAACUGGCAUCAAGUCGUGGAAAGCUUUGAUGACAUGAAUUUGAAAGAAGAAUUGCUGAGAGGAAUUUACGCCUAUGGUUUUGAAAAACCAUCUGCUAUUCAGCAACGCGCCAUCAUGCCGUGCAUUCAAGGACGCGAUGUAAUAGCUCAAGCCCAGUCUGGUACUGGCAAAACUGCUACAUUUUCCAUCUCAAUUCUACAACAAAUUGAUACUACGAUUCGUGAAUGCCAAGCUCUCAUUUUGGCGCCCACCAGAGAGUUGGCUCAACAAAUUCAGAAGGUGGUGAUAGCCCUUGGUGAUCAUUUAACUGCCAAGUGCCAUGCUUGCAUUGGCGGCACCAACGUGCGUGAGGAUGUACGUCAGUUGGAGAGUGGUGUACAUGUGGUGGUGGGAACCCCAGGUCGUGUAUACGAUAUGAUUACCCGCAGGGCACUGCGAGCUAACACCAUCAAGCUGUUUGUACUUGAUGAAGCUGAUGAGAUGUUGUCGAGAGGAUUUAAAGAUCAGAUUCAUGAUGUAUUCAAGAUGUUGUCUGCUGACGUACAAGUUAUAUUACUGUCUGCUACAAUGCCUGAUGAUGUGCUGGAGGUGUCCCGUUGCUUCAUGAGAGACCCUGUGCGAAUUCUUGUUCAAAAAGAAGAGCUCACAUUGGAAGGCAUCAAACAAUUUUACAUUGCCAUUGAAUUAGAAGAAUGGAAACUGGAGACUCUCUGUGAUUUGUAUGAUACACUGUCAAUUGCCCAGGCGGUAAUUUUCUGUAACACUCGUCGCAAGGUGGACUGGCUAACUGAGUCUAUGCAUGAACGUGACUUCACUGUAUCUGCUAUGCACGGUGACAUGGAUCAGCGUGAGCGUGAAGUGAUUAUGAGACAGUUCCGUACUGGAUCUUCUCGUGUCCUGAUCACUACAGAUUUACUGGCGCGUGGUAUUGACGUUCAACAAGUCUCGUGCGUCAUUAAUUAUGAUUUGCCCACUAACCGUGAAAACUACAUUCAUCGAAUUGGAAGAGGUGGACGUUUCGGCCCAUCUCGGAAAUGCCCAGCGAUGUGGCCAACCUCAUCUGAGGCGCCUGCGCUUUCCUGGUUUAUACUUUGUGUCCUGCGUUCUAUUGCGAUAUUUAUAAGAAAUACUACCCACUGA